AGCCUAUCAUCUCAAAGGACAAUACCGCAUGACAUUGAAGCUCCAAGCCAUCUAUCUGGUGAAAUAAUAGAUGUGACAGCUUAUCCUGUUAAUAGAAAAUCAACAAUAGAUCAGGGCCUCUCAUCUCAAAAAGCAUUUCCACCAGACACAGGAGAACCAAGUGCUCCAACUGGCGUAAUAGUUGAUGGAAAAUACUUUUCUGUUGAUGAAAAACCAACCUUGCAUCGGGGCCUAUCAUCUCAAAAGACACUACCACCACACAUAGGAGCGCCAAGUCCUCCUUCAGGUGUAAUAAUUGAUGGGAAAUCUUCUCCUGCUAUUGAAAAACCAACCUUUGAUCAAGGUCUAUCAUCUCAAAGGACUAUACCACCAAACGUGGGGGCACCAAGUCCUCCGUUUUUUGUACUUAUUGAUGGGACAUCUUCUCCUGUUAUUGAAAAACAAACAUUGAGGCAAAGCCAAUCAUCUCAGAGGUCAAUACUGCCAGACAAUGAAGUUCCAAGUCGUCCAACUGGUGAAAUAAUGGAUGUGACAGCUUCUCCUGUUAAUAGAAAACCAACAAUAGAUCAGGCCCUCGCAUCUCAAAAGGCACUACCACCACACAUAGGAGCGCCAAGUCCUCCUUCAGGUGUAAUAAUUGAUGGGAAAUCUUCUCCUGCUAUUGAAAAACCAACCUUUGAUCAAGGUCUGUCAUCUCAAAGGACUAUACCACCAAACGUGGGGGCACCAAGUCCUCCGGUUUUUGUACUUAUUGAUGGGACAUCUUCUCCUGUUAUUGAAAAACAAACAUUGAGGCAAAGCCAAUCAUCUCAGAGGUCAAUACUGCCAGACAAUGAAGUUCCAAGUCAUCCAACUGGUGAAAUUAUGGAUGUGACAGCUUCUCCUGUUAAUAGAAAACCAACAAUAGAUCAGGCCCUCUCAUCUCAAAAGGUACUACCACCAGACAUAGGAGCACCAAGUCCUCCAUCUGGCGUAAUAAUUGAUGGGAAAUCUUCUCCUGCUAUUGAAAAACCAACCUUUGAUCAAGGUCUAUCAUCUCAAAGGAAUAUACCACCAAAUGUUGGGGCACCAAAUCCUCCGUCUGGU